GCGCGCGUGCGCGCACGAGGCCCGGGCCGCGCGCAGCCGCUCCAGUCGCCUCCCUCAGCUGCGGUCGCGGUCGCUCCGGAGGCGGGGUUCCCCGCCACAGCCGCUGGCGCCGCGGGAGGGAGCGGCCGGUGGGCCCGCAUUCUGUCGGUGGGGUUCGAGGCCGGCCUGCCGCGUCGCGUCUGUGUGGUGCUUGGGCCACCCUGAGGAGCCGGGGCUGGGCGCGCUGGAGGAGAAGGCGGCGGCCGAGGCGGAGGCGCACGGCCAGCAGUCCUCAGGGGCCGGGCGGAGGCCGAGGGGACCAUGUCCGAGAAGCGCUCCCAACUCUCCACUACCGAACGCGUCAUCAAAGCUGUUCCCUUUCCUCCAACCCAGCGACUUACUUUGAAGGAAGUAUUUGAGAAUGGGAAACCUAAAGUUGAGGUCUUGAAAAAUCAUUUGGUAAAGGAGGGCCGACUAGAAGAGGAAGUGGCCUUAAAGAUAAUCAAGGAUGGGGCUGCCAUCCUGAGACAAGAGAAGAACGUGAUAGAAGUAGAGGCUCCAAUUACAGUGUGUGGUGACAUUCAUGGACAAUUCUUUGACCUGAUGAAGUUAUUUGAGGUUGGAGGAUCACCUAGUAACACACGCUACCUCUUUCUGGGUGACUAUGUGGACAGAGGCUAUUUCAGUAUAGAGUGUGUGCUGUAUUUAUGGAGUUUAAAGAUUAAUCAUCCUAAAACAUUGUUUCUGCUUCGAGGAAAUCAUGAAUGUAGGCAUCUUACAGACUAUUUCACCUUCAAACAAGAAUGUCGAAUCAAAUAUUCUGAACAGGUGUAUGAUGCGUGUAUGGAUACAUUUGACUGUCUUCCUCUUGCUGCCCUCUUAAACCAGCAGUUUCUCUGUGUACAUGGAGGAAUGUCACCUGAAAUUACUAGUUUAGAUGACAUUAGGAGAUUAGACAGGUUUAUUGAACCUCCUGCCUUCGGGCCAUUGUGUGACCUGCUUUGGUCUGAUCCCUCAGAGGAUUAUGGCAGCGAAAAGACCUUGGAGCACUACACCCACAACACUGUCCGAGGGUGCUCUUAUUUUUACAGUUACCCUGCAGUUUGUGAAUUUUUGCAGAACAAUAAUUUAUUAUCAAUUAUCAGAGCCCAUGAAGCCCAAGAUGCCGGGUAUCGAAUGUACAGGAAGACCCAAACAACAGGCUUUCCAUCGCUUAUUACAAUUUUCUCAGCCCCCAAUUACCUAGAUGUCUAUAACAAUAAAGCUGCUGUGUUGAAAUAUGAAAACAAUGUCAUGAACAUCAGGCAGUUUAACUGUUCUCCACACCCCUACUGGCUUCCAAACUUUAUGGAUGUUUUCACAUGGUCUUUACCUUUCGUUGGGGAAAAAGUCACAGAGAUGCUGGUUAACAUUCUCAACAUAUGCUCUGAUGAUGAACUGAUUAAUGAAGAAGAAACAGAAGAUCACUACAUUUCAAGCUAUCAGAAAGGAAGCACGACAGUUCGUAAAGAGAUCAUCAAGAAUAAGAUCAGAGCCAUUGGGAAGAUGGCACGGGUCUUUUCGGUUCUUCGGCAAGAGCAUGAGAGUGUGCUGACUCUCAAGGGGCUGACACCUACAGGUACACUCCCUGUGGGCGUCCUCUCGGGAGGGAAGCAGACUAUUGAGACUGCCACAGUAGAAGCGGUAGAGGCCCGGGAAGCCAUCAGAGGAUUUUCACUUCAGCACAAGAUCCGGAGUUUUGAAGAAGCCCGAGGUCUGGACCGAAUUAAUGAGCGAAUGCCACCCCGAAAAGAUGCUGUACGCUCUGAUGGGCCAAUGAAACCUGUAACCCCGGGACACCCAAAGUCUCUGCACAGGAGCGACCAUGGGAAGAAAGCCCAGUAAUGAUUCAGAGUCCCACUGUGGCACAGGUGGAUCCAAAACUUAAGAACAAAUUUUAUUUAUUUAUUUUUGGAAAAUGAAACAAAAACAACUCAAACAACUUAAACCUGGAGGUGCAUUUAUAAUUCAGUCUGCAUUUAUUCUGUAAGAAAGGUGACCAUUUUAUAAAUUCUUUUAAUUUAUGUUCAAUAUAUAUAAAAAGUACAUCUGUUUUCUUUUUCCCUUUUUUCUCCCUAAUUUUUAAGAACUAAUCUGAUUGUUGUCAAUACAUAUGUGAAGUCUUGUGCUAUAAAGGGGACCUCCCCCUAAGAAAAGGGCCUUGGAAACCUCAACCCUGGGUUUCUGACUUGAACUAGUCAGCCUUCACUCUUGGUUUUGGAAGGUAAUAUCUUUCAUGUAAGACUCACAACUUUUCAAGUGCAAGAUUUUUUUCCUUUUUGUUUUUUCCUUUCUGCUGGGUGCCAUUGAAGAAAGUCCUCUUAUAUUUCAGUGGCUACAACUGUUUCUCUCCUGAUGGAAAACUUGAUUACAGUAGAACUUCUAAGUGAAUAACCCAAACCCAGUGAUUUUAAGGGCCAAGUGGAAUAUUUUCCAUAAUAACCUACUUUCUCUGGACUCUCAAUUCCUUUAAAUAUGUUCUAGUAAAGCAAAAUAAAAAAUAAUGAGGGAUUUUCUUAGAGUUACUUACAAUUUGUUCAUCUAACCAUGGGCAUGAUUGGUUUAAAUUUCCCUUAGAACUUUGGAAGGAGAAAGAUUUUCAGAAAGCUUUAACUGUUGCCAGAUUCUUUUGCUUUCAUUUUGAACCCCAGGUGUCUCACCCCAUCUGCAAAGGAAGUUACAUUUCUAAAUAUUUUAUAAAUGCCCUCAGCAGAACUGCAACAGCAAGAGUGUUUAUGCUCUUCUAGGCUCUGGCAUCUCUUCCCUGUCAUCCUUCUGUUUUUCCCUGUCAGUAUUUCUGCAACCAACUGGAAUAAUGGAAACCGACAAGGGUGGUGUGAUCCCCUUGUGAAUUGAAAGUCUUGCUAAAGGGCAUUGGAUGAGUGAGGAUUUCCUGUCUUCUGUAUCAAUUACAAGGACAUUUCUCUGUCUUUCAACACUCAUUGAGUUGAACUGUAUGUCAACCCCUAGUAGCAUAUUUUGGAAUACAAACAGCAAGUGUGCAGAUACAGCAUUUAAAUAAUCUUCCUUUAGUUUGAUUUUCAAGUCACAACCAAUUAGCAAAGGAAAUUUUGGGAUAUUUAGGCUCCCAUUUUUGGUUUAGCCUGAUCACAGGUGCCAUGUCAUAAUACUUACUGGUCAGCUCUACAGUGAACAUACGUGCCUAGGCACUCUACAUAAAGCAUGGAAGAUGCUCUUUUAUGGCAUUCCUUAAUGUCAUUUGUGAUGUGGGAGUUCCCCAUUAAGGCAAGUAUUUCAGAUGGUAGUACUUCAUGUUGGGAGCUUCAAGGAAACCAGAAAAAUAAAAAACUCAUUUUUUUUUUCAAAAAACAUAAUUUUCAUUAGAAGAAUGAAGACUUAGCCCAUCAAACUCUAUUUUCGUAUACCUUUUGCUAAUAGUUCCCAAUUUGUUUAGGACAGAGAUGAAAGUAUUUUGGGGGAGUUGCAGUCUCCCUGCAUGGAUUGCUCUGUUAAUAAAAAAGAUAAAAAGGA